UCAAGCAUGUCGGACAUAGAGGACGCCCUCCCAUCCACAGAGACGCAGCACACAGCUGUUCCUGAUGAGUCCUCACAGCCACCGCCGUACUCCUACCAAGAACAGCCUCCACCUUACUCUGCUGCAAUGUACCCUGCAGCCAAAAUAGAGACAACUCAUACGUACCAGCCUACCUCAGGAUACGAGUCCUUCUGUGAUAUAAACCCAGAGCUCAUGGCGGACACAUCGCCACUCGUUGCAUCAUCGUCCUUUGAUGACAAGUCAGUGAGAAUGGGCUUUGUUAGAAAGGUGUUCAGCAUCCUGACCCUCCAGCUGCUGUUCACCUUCAGCGUUGUGUGUGUGUUCACCUUCUCCACCGUCGUCAAAAAGGCGGUGCAGGAGAACCUGUGGGCCUACCUCAGCUCCUUCAUCGUGUUCGCCGUGGUCGCCAUCGCCCUCAGCUGCUGCAAGUCCUUCAGCCGACGUCACCCCUGGAACAUCGUGGCGCUGGUCGUGGUCACCUUGAGUCUGUCAUACAUGGUGGGAACUAUCGCUUCCUUCCACAACACCACCGCUGUCGUCAUCACGAUGGGAGUAACGAUAGCCAUUUCCUUCGCAAUCAUCGCUUUCUCAGCCCAGACUCGUUAUGAUUUCACUAUUUGUUACGGUGUUCUUCUGGUUCUGGCUGUGGACAUUAUCAUGUUUGGGUUCUUCUGCACCUUCUACUACUCCUACAUCGCUGAUGUCGCCUACGGAUGUCUGGGAGCUCUGCUGUAUUCACUGUUCCUGAUGAUCGACUGUCAGCUGAUGAUGGGGAUGAUGAGUUACCGUCUGGACCCGGAGGAAUACAUCAACGCUGCUCUCAUGAUCUACCUCGACAUAGUCCUCAUCUUCCUCUACCUCCUGGGGAGGAGGUGAAAAACAAAACAACAACACACAUACAGAGACUC